AUGAAUCCGAAAACUGUCUUCCUCUGGCUGCUUCUGGCCUUGGUUGCAGUUUUGGCUUUAGUUUGCAUCGUAUUGUUUAUAAGUGAAAAGCACCCUAGUUGUGAUGACCAGAUGCAAGGCUCCUUGGAGCAUCCACACAGUGACCAGAGCUGGAUCUUUGCUGAUCUGAGACAAGAGGAGAUGAUCCAGGUGAUGCAGUACUUGAAGUCCAACCUUGGGGUACGUUUGGAAGAUGCUUCUCAUGCCAGCCCUUCUGACAACUGUAUAUAUUCCGUUGACUUGCAGCUGCCAUCCAAAGCAGAGUCUCUUUCAUUUUUGGAUCAUGGUGGAAGCCGCCCCCCUCGGCAGGCACUGGCCGUGGUCUAUUUUGGAAAUCAGCCAGAUCCGAAUGUCACAGAGUAUGUGGUGGGCCCACUGCCAGAGCCAAUGUAUCACCAGGAUGUGACUCAGCAGAAGUACGGAGGGCAAAUACCCUAUUACCGCAGGCCCCUGCUAGAUGCUGAAUACAAGCAGAUGAUACAAGUUCUGCACAGUGUGGUGUUCCCCACAGCCCCGAGCUUCAUGCACGAAGUGUUGAAUUAUGAUGGGAACAAUCUAGCCACAAUGAUCACAGCCCCUCAGGGACUGAAAUCUGGGGACCGUGGCACUUGGCUGGUCUUCUUCCAGAAUGUAACCGGUUACUUUUUACACCCAGUUGGGCUAGAGUUGCUACUAGAUCACAGCAGCCUGAAUAUCAACCAAUGGACUGUGAAGGAAGUGUUCUACAAUGGUCAGUACUUCAGGGAUAUGGCAGAGCUGGAGAGAGAAUUCACACAGGGGCACGUGCGUGUGGAGAUGAUCAAGAGAGUCCCUGUUGAUGGGGAUUUUUCCUCUCUGAAACCCAGAGUGCAGCCUACAGGACUGGGCCCUUUUUAUUACGAGCCUUCUGGGCCACGUUACAGUGUGAGAAACAACCAAGUUGUCUCUUUGUCGUGGAGCUUUGCUUUUAGGAUGGACAUCAGCAGGGGGCUGGGUCUGUUUGAUAUCCGAUUCCAGGGUGAAAGGAUUGUCUAUGAACUCAGUGUGCAGGAUGCCAUGUCAGUCUAUGGCUCCAAUAGCCCUGGUGGGAUGUCAACUCGGUACAUGGAUGGGAGCUUUGGAAUUGGAAGGCGCACACACUCCCUUGUCCGAGGAGUUGACUGCCCUUAUUCUGCUACGUAUGUCGAUGUUUGCUUUCUAGCUCAAUCAGAAAGGCCCACUGUUACCCGAGAUGUCAUCUGUGUUUUUGAGCAGGCCACAGGGACUCCACUUCGACGUCAUUACUCCAGCCGUCAGUUGCUCUACUAUGGGGGGCUGCCUGCCACUGCAUUGGUUUUGCGCUCUGUGGCUACUAUGGGCAACUACGACUAUGUUUGGGACUUUGUGUUCCAUCCAAAUGGUGCUGUUGAAAGCAAAGUCCAAGCCACAGGUUAUAUAAGCUCAUCUUUCCUCCACAGUGAUGGGCUGAACUAUGGCAACAGGGUUGGGGAGCACACCUUGGGGACAGUCCACACCCAUUCCAUUGGCUACAAGGUAGACUUGGAUGUUGGCGUUGACCGUCAGGUGGGACACCAGGCCCAGUGA